AAGCUGAAUUCCGGACUUCCCUACAGUCUUGCACAGGUGUACCGGCUCCUCCCCUUCAGUCUUGCACAGGUGUACCGGCUCCUCCCCUUCAGUCUUGCACAGGUGUACCAUCUCCUCCCCUUCAGUCUUGCACAGGUGUACCGGCUCCUCCCCUCCAGUCUUGCACAGGUGUACCAGCUUCUCCCCUUCAGUCUUGCACAGAUGUACUGGCUCCUCCCCUUCAGUCUUGCACAGAUGUACCGGCUCCUCCCCUUCAGUCUUGCACAGGUUUACCGGCUCCUCCCCUUCAGUCUUGCACAGGUGUACCGGAUCCUCCCCUUCAGUCUUGCACAGGUGUACCGGCUCCUCCCCUUCAGUCUUGCACAGGUGUACCAGCACCUCCCCUUCAGUCUUGCACAGGUGUACCAGCUCCUCCCCUUCAGUCUUGCACAGGUGUACCGGCUCCUCCCUGUCAGUCUUGCACAGGUGUCCGGCUCCUCCCCUCCAGUCUUGCACAGGUGUACUGGCUCCUCCCCUUCAGUCUUGCACAGGUGUACCGGCUCCUCCCCUUCAGUCUUGCACAGGUGUACCAGCUCCUCCCCUCCAGUCUUGCACAGGUGUACCGGCUCCUCCCCUCCAGUCUUGCACAGGUGUACCGGCUCCUCCCCUUCAGUCUUGCACAGGUGUACCAGCUCCUCCCCCUUAGUCUUGCACAGGUGUACCGGCUCCUCCCCUUCAGUCUUGCACAGGUUGUACCGGCUCCUCCCCUUCAGUCUUGCACAGGUGUACUGGCUCCUCUCCUGGACUGCAUGGCUUCCUCUGAUUUUCUCGCACACUGUGAGCUUCUCACCAUGUGCACUAGAAGCUGCAGCAAGUCAGACAGAGCAUCCGCCCCAUUUCCUGGCUCCUGACUGUCCCUGGCCCCGCCCUUUUUAUUCAUUAGAUCAUGGAGGCCCAACAUCACAUGCGAUUGUUACCUGUAUGUAAAUACAACCUGUCUAGGGACGCCCGCUCCUCCAGACUGACGUCCACCCGUCAAGGCGGUUUGAUAUAUGCAUAACUCCUCCCACUACUUACAUCGGGACUGAAGGGUCUUGA